CUGUCCGUUAGAUCAAAGGACCCUACCUGACACUUCCUGCCCGUGAAUGUUUCGCUUGUUUUGGCAGUGUGUGAUAUCUGUGUAUCCCUGCCAUGUUUGUGUACAUCUCUCGCAAACGUCUUUACGUUCGUAAACGCGUAACAUAGCUCUGACGCUCUGGAAUAAUAACCCGACGCGCUGUUUUGGAUUAUAUGCGCGGUUGAGCCCGUUUAAUGGAUGACUGGAGGCAAAACGUGAUUGUUUCUUCUCAUUGAUCCAGGAUCAUACGGUGCGGAGAUAUAAGGUAUGGAUGAUUUGUCAUAUGUGGGGUCUGGCUGAGGGCCACUGUUGCCCGGGCGACUGCACCCCAUUGGCUGAUUUUCCAGCAUGUACCGUAGAAACGGCCUAUCGGAUGGCACCAGCAUUAGCUCCGCCUCCUCUGAGGGAAGCAACAGCUCCGUGUCUGUGGACGGGCCGAGCGCUGACUACGCCAAGAGCUACGAUGCUGUCGUGUUUGAUGUGCUCAAAGUGACGCCGGAGGAGUUCGCAAGCCAAAUCACCCUGAUGGACGCCCCUGUGUUUAAGGCCAUACAGCCAGAGGAGCUUGCUAGCUGUGGCUGGAACAAAAAGGAGAAGCACAUACUGGCUCCUAAUGUGGUUGCUUUCACGCGGAGGUUCAAUCAGGUGAGCUUCUGGUUGGUACGAGAAAUCCUGACCGCUCAAACCCUGAAGAUCCGAGCAGAGAUCCUGAGCCACUUCAUCAAGAUUGCCAAGAAACUCCUAGAGCUGAAUAACCUUCAUUCUAUGGUGUCGGUGGUGUCGGCGUUGCAAAGCGCUCCCAUCUUUAGACUGAGCAAGACCUGGGCGCUGAUCAGCCGGAAGGACAAGGCCACGUUUGAGAAGCUGGACUAUCUGACCUCCAAAGAGGAGAACUAUGCCAGGAUGAGAGAGUACAUCCGCUCCCUCAAGAUGGUGCCCUGCAUCCCUUACCUGGGGAUCUACCUGCUUGACAUGAUUUACAUCGACUCAGCCUAUCCUGCGUCUGACAGCAUCAUUGAGACUGAGCAGAGAACCAAUCAGAUGAACAACAUCCUGCGGGUGAUCUCUGACCUCCAGAUGUCCUGCACAUACGAUCACCUCGUGACCCUCCCGCAUGUGCAGAAGUACUUGAUGUCUGUCCGCUACAUCGAGGAGCUUCAGAAGUUCGUGGAAGAUGACAAUUUCAAACUGUCUCUGAAAAUUGAACCCGGGAACAGCUCGCCACGCAUGGCCACAUCCAAAGAAGAUCUUGCAGGUCCGUCUGAGUUGUCUCUAUCGGUCAGGUAUAAUCGACGGCCCACAUGUCCGGACGCCACCGUGGGGGUUCAUAUCCCCACCCCGCCGCCCUCACGCCACCGGAAGAGCCACAGCCUCGAAACGCGUCACAUGAUGUGGCAUUUCGGGGUGGUGGAGAGCAAAAGUGCGACGUUUCCCAUCGAGAAACCACGUCACCUGCUGGACGACAGCUUCCUGGAGUCUCAGAGUCCAGCGAGAAACAACCCGCACAGCUCUUCUGUGUCCAACGGCGUCUCUAUAGGCAGCAGUCAGAGCUCGUUCUGUGAGGAUCUUUCUCCGGGGGUCGAGAGGGGCCGCAUGUACGCCACUCUGGGCCCUAACUGGAGGGUCCCUCUCCGCAGCUCCCCCAGAGGCCGCAGCCAUGCCCACAGUCCUUCGGUAGCAGAGUCCAGUCUGGCUCAUGGAGAGUCCGGUGGAGUCGUGAUGGAGGGGCCACUGAAGAGGAAGACCCUACUGAAGGAGGGAAGGAAACCCAAGCUGGCCUCCUGGACGCGGUACUGGAUCACACUGUGUGGUUCCACUCUCUUAUUCUACGGAUCCAAAGCUCUGCGAGCCGCAGAACGGAAACAUUACAAGUCUUCACCUAAGAAGGUGUGUGUUCUGGGCUGGAUGGCGGUGCUCGGACGAUCCGCUCAACCCAACAUCUUCCAGCUCAACGAUCCUGACAAAGGGAAUGUUUACAAGUUUCAGACGAGCGCACGCUUCACUGCGAUCAUGUGGCACAAACACCUGGAGGAGGCUUGUCGCAGAAGAAGACCGCAGGUAUCACAAACAUGAGCAAAACCUCCUUUUAUUCCACUAUAAAUGUCACUGGACCAGUACCUUUUCCUUUUUCAUUGAUAGCAAUCUGGGUAACACUUUGAGGUGUCAUAAUACAGAUGAAUUACCUCAUUUGGUACUUAGUAGUGCAUGAAAUAAAAUCAAACUAAGUUAUGUAAU